GGAAAAACUUGUCUGCUGCCGACCCUGGAUGUUUUUUUUCACUGUGGGAACCGGCACCUGGACCGAAAAUUCCUUGCAGAACGCACAUUGUUUUCCCGAGUGUAUAAUGACGGCUCGACUAUGAGGUACGUUGUCAGGUAAAAGCAUUGCUCCAAAUGAACGUUCUUCCAGGUUUUGUUUCUUAUUCCCGCAUAGGCCUUAAGCAUUAAUCCCUAAAGCAAAGUGGCUCACUCUUUGGUAACAUGACAGAAAAUCACAUGGUGUGUGACUCCCCACAGCAGCUUUGGGCCUUAGAACAUUUACAAGCAUUUUUUUGAAAGUUUCCAGAGUUGUUAAACAAAAGGAUUUACAUUUUGCGGUCAGAGGUGAUCGUCCUUAAUCUACCUAAGUGUAUUUUGAACUGGAUUGUGCUAAAGAAAUUGGCAAUAAAUGCUUUUCUGAAUACCAGGGCAUCUAUUUCUAUCCACUCUGUUACCUUUGUAUAUUUGAUAAGUGUUUGUCUUCUCCAUUUUAAGCUUUUCAAUGAUGAUGAACAUCCGGUAAAAUGUUGAGAUGCUGUUAACGCUUUUGUCCCCAGUCAGUCACUAGAUGGUGCAACAACAAAGGUAUGUUCAUAUAUAAUUUGAUUCAUCGACAGGCAGUUCAUCGAGCCACGACCGUUCUCCACAAAAUAAUAGUUUGAAAGCAAGUAAAAUAACAGAUUAUUCAAGUUUAAUUUAAGUGACGCCACUUGUGGAAGUAUUCAUGUGACAUAGUUGUACGCGUUCAUGGUCCCAUCACACCAUCAAGAGGAGGAUGUAGAUGAACCUCUGAUCGUACGGUAAAACCAAACGCAAUCUACUGAAUUGUUCUGAUGUACUUUUGUUUUUGUAUUUCAGAAGCGUUCAGAUCUGUCUGUUGGUCUCAGCUGUUUUCUGAAGAGGAACAUCUCGACCUCCAUUAGUGACAGGCUUGUUGGUAGUGGAAUGGAUGGGUUAACGUCUGUCUCUGUCCGGGGCUUUAAAUGUCCUCUGCCAUGGAAAAGCUGGAGGCUGGGAGCAGCAGCCCUGUUGUGCGACAGAUAGACAAGCAGUUUCUGGUCUGCAGCAUCUGUCUGGAUCACUACUCCAACCCCAAGGUCCUGCCCUGCCUGCACACCUUCUGCGAAAGUUGUCUGCAGAACUACAUUCCCCCAGAGUCCCUGACGCUCUCGUGCCCAGUGUGUCGGCAGACUUCUAUUCUGCCGGAGAAAGGAGUCGGCGCUCUACAGAACAACUUCUUCAUCACUAAUCUCAUGGAGGUCCUUCAACGAGACCCACAGUGCUCACGGCCGGAGGACUGCGGUGUCCUGGAGUCGGUGAGCGCUGCAGCGGCAGUGAAGCUCCUCUGCUGCCCAAACCACGAGGGAAAGGUGAUGGAGUUCUACUGCGAGUCGUGUGAGACGGCUAUGUGUCUCGACUGCACGGAGGGCGAGCACAGGGAGCAUGUGACUGUUCCGCUGCGUGACGUGGUGGAGCAGCACAAAGCUGCUCUGAAGACACAGCUGGAUGCCAUACUCAGCAGGCUUCCUCAGUUAACCGCAUCCAUCGAGCUGGUGACUGAGAUCUCCCGCCAGCUGAACGAGAGGAAGAACGAGGCGGUGGCAGAGAUUACCAGCACGUUUGAUGAGCUGGAACGAGCGCUGCAUCAGCGCAAGACGUCCCUCAUCACGGACCUGGAGCUCAUCUGCAGCACCAAGCAGAAGGUCCUGCAGACCCAGCUUUCAUCGCUCCUUCAGGGGAAGGAGCACAUCCAGAGCAGCUGCAGCUUCACGGAGCAGGCGCUUAGCCGCGGGAGUGCUACUGAGGUGCUGCUGGUUCAGAAGCAGAUGAGUGAGCGGGUGACGGCGCUGGCCAGACACGACUUCCCAGAGAGGCCACAUCAGAACGCACACCUGGACUGUCAGGUGGAGACUGAAGGUUUGAGGCGCUCCAUUCAGAACCUGGGAGUCCUCCUCACCACAGCCGCUGUGGCUCACACCUCGGUAGCCACAGGAGAGGGCCUCCGCCACGCAGCAACCGGGCAGCACCACACCAUUACUGUGACCACCAAAGACAAAGACGGGGAGCUGGUGCGGAGUGGAAAUGCCGUUUUAAAGGCUGAGCUCACGUCUGUCGACGGAGGGCGCGUUGCAGAGGCCGAUGUAGCGGACAAUAAGAAUGGGACCUACGAGGUGGGCUACACGCUACGCUCGGAAGGGGAGUACUCUUUCACUUUGCUGCUGUACGGGCAGCCGAUACGCGGCAGCCCGUUCCGACUGCGGGCGGUCAAACCCUCGGAUGUGCCGCAGUCCCCGGACGACGUGAAAAGGAGGGUGAAGUCUCCCAGCGGGACGGGGGGCCACAUACGGCAGAAAGCAGUGCGUCGCCCUUCCAGCAUGUACAGCACCACCAAGAAAAAGGAGAACCCCAUUGAGGACGAGCUCAUCUACAGAGUGGGUUCCCGAGGCCGAGAAAAGGGGGAGUUUACAAACUUACAAGGAAUAUCAGCCUCUUGUAACGGCAGAGUGGUGGUGGCUGACAGCAACAAUCAGUGCAUACAGGUAUUCUCCAACGACGGACAGUUUAAGAUGCGCUUCGGAGUCAGAGGUCGGUCGCCGGGGCAACUUCAGAGACCAACGGGCGUCACAGUGGACAUGAACGGUGACAUUGUGGUGGCCGACUACGACAAUCGAUGGGUCAGCAUCUUCUCCUCUGACGGCAAGUUUAAGAAUAAGAUAGGUGCAGGUCGGCUCAUGGGUCCCAAGGGUGUCGCUGUGGACAAGAAUGGACACAUCAUCACUGUGGACAACAAGGCCUGCUGUGUCUUCAUCUUUCAAUCAAACGGGAAGUUGGUGACUAAGUUUGGAGGCCGGGGGACGUCUGACAGGCAGUUUGCAGAAAAACUUUCUCCAAAUGUAAAUAAAUCGGGCUCAAUUUUCAGUCCGCACUUUGUCGCAGUGAACAACAAAAACGAAAUCAUCGUGACGGAUUUUCACAAUCACUCCGUAAAGGUGUACAGUGCGGAUGGAGAGUUCUUGUUCAAAUUUGGCUCUCAUGGUGAAGGCAACGGCCAGUUCAACGCCCCCACUGGCGUGGCCGUGGACGCCAACGGGAACAUCAUUGUAGCUGACUGGGGUAACAGCAGAAUACAGGUGUUUGACAGCACAGGCUCCUUCUUAUCUUAUAUCAACACUUCAGCAGACCCGCUGUAUGGACCCCAAGGCCUCGCCCUCACCUCAGAUGGACACGUGGCUGUGGCCGACUCUGGAAACCACUGCUUUAAGGUGUACAGAUAUCUGCAGUAGGCUGCAGACAUCGAGGGAAGACAUCGAAGACGCAACCUUAAAAUCUCUUACUGCUCGUGGACAUAGAGCUGCAAUGUGGGCGCACACUGGCCCCAUGUUCCACAAAUGCAUUUCCUCUUUAGUUGUGUCUGUACAUAGUUUAGAAGAUCCAAUAUUGAGAGAUAAAAUGUUUACAUUAAAAACAACCAAAACACCAACAAUUCAAGUGUUAUUAAAAUGUAUUUUAAAGACAAAAUAAACUAGUGAUCCCAAAUAUGAUUGCAAGAAGUGACAUUCAUUUCCUCUUUGAGGAAAAAUACACCUCGGGAGACUGUCCUGGUGUAAUCUCAAGCACUUUGUAAAAAUUAAAAAAAAAAAAAAAGCGUCCAUGUUUACCCUAGUUGAUUAUAAAUUUAGCUUAGGAGAUUUCACCAAACUCUUUGAAAAAGUGAACUGGAAAUCUAUUCCUGGAAUAAGGUAUAUUUCUGAAUACAGACGGCGCCACUGGCAGUAGCCUGCCGGUCUGCAUUGGGUGAUACACUGCGAUUUGUUCAGGCCAUGCAGAUAAGAAACAAACCAGCCAACGGAGACACGGAUGCAGAAGUGUUCUACUGGUUUCCUGAUUAUGCUUUAGGGAUAAAAGAACAAUGCUCAGGCCUUUCCCUUGCAAACUUGUGUGUCGGUGUGCACUAGAAAUUAACCCGCCAUCAUGGCCUUCAAGUUUUCGUUAGUAAACACAACAGAUCCAGACAGGAAUGUUUUCUUUUCAAAGGAAUAGUUUAUUUUUCUCCUUUUGCACUUUACCACAAGAUCCUCGUGCGUGGAUAUUCAGAUUUUUGUUUUCUUUGAAAUGUUCAGUUAAAAUUUUACCUUUUUUGUUUUGCUGCCCAAAGGAAAAGCAAGAAGCACAACAGUUAACAGAACAAUGAGGCUUUUGAACACAGCGUCCUGUUCUUUUAUUGACAAAACAAACAAUCUAGUAUCUAACCCCACUAGUUAUUGUACCUUUGUGUAUUCAACCUAAUGUAUUGUUCAUAUUAUGCACAUUUUGAUGUAUGUGUCAUUUCACUAAAUAGCCUACUUAUUGCAGUACUUAAUCAAUCAACACUGGGUAAUAUAUCAAUUCUAUAUAUAUAUUAUGACAAUAGGUCAUGCCGAACUGAAUGACUUGCAAACAUCAAUGGAACAAAGUUGUACCCAUUAUUUGCUGUAUUUCUUUUUAAAAGAACUUCAUUUAUUUUUGUUUGCUUUUCUUUUCUACAUGAUUUGCUCAGAAAAAGUAUUUUUCUAAUUGGUGUAUUUGAACUGUCUUUGUACAUAGACCAUGUAACUAGUAGCACUGAAAGCCUGCGUUCGCUCUUUGGCCUCUCCAGAGCUCACAUCCAGUUAAACAGUAACGUUUCCCGCUGCCAAAAUGCACCGUUGUAAGUUUUUGAACAUUGCACAAAAUACAAAGAUAAUAGUUCUAUUGUUUGCGAGAGUAAUAUAUGCCUAUGUAUAGCUAUCAUCCUUUGUAACAUAAUCAGAUUGUUUAAUGUAUAUUACAAUCACAUUAUAGUUGGAGUUGAUUAGCACCAUGUCUUGUCAGUAGUUGUAUUCGGUGAAGGUUUUCUAUUUGAGCAACACACCAGCUAAAAUCAGACAUUUCUUUCAACUUUA